CAGAUCCCGAAAGAGUCUGAGGAUGGGUUGCAACUGUGGAGAGAUGAGUAAGACAUCCUGAAAUCGGGUGAUUGGACGCCCAUAUAAGCAUGGGGAAACUACAGAGCAAGUUCCGGAGGCGCUCGGACCUUUACAAGGCCAAAGAGGGGGCGGAGCCUGCACCUGUGCACCAGGUAGUGCAGUAUGAACCCGCUCACACAGAUGCCAUCAACUGUGUCAUCAGCUUGACCUCUGACCUGUGCGUUUCAGGAGGGCAUGACCAGGCUGUUGUUGUCUAUGAAUGGAGAGCUGGAAAACGGUGUAAAUCUUUCCAGGGCCACAGCAGAGAGAUUACAAAGUUAUGCUGUUUUAAAGGAAGUUCCUUGAUCUUCAGUGCGUCCCGUGAUAAGACAGUGCUGAUGUGGGAUCUGGGUCGAGAUACAGAACCCGUCCAGGAGUUCUGUGGCCAUGAGCUCGUAGUUAACGGGGUAGUGGUAAGCCCAGAUGGCUCAAAGCUGUGCACGGGCUCUCGUGAUAACUCCAUGCGACUCUGGGACAUUGAGUCGGGAGAAUGUCUGCAAAAACAUACCAUCUCACGCAACCUGGUGACUCAUGUGUGCUGGGUACCAGGAAGCACAUCUAUUGUCCAAACCUCAGAAGACAAAACAAUCAGGGUGUGGGAUAGCCGUACCUGGCAGGUCACUAACACUUUUCCAGCAAAACAGUACAUCCAGACACACUGUGACGUCAGUUCCAACUGUUACCACCUGCUGUCGUCCAGCAAUGGUUUCGGUGGUCAGGGUUGUGAGGCCACACUGUGGGACCUCAGACAGCCUGGCUGUAAAGUGGCCGAAUACAGAGGACACCUGCAGACCACAGCAUGCAGUGUGUUUGUGCCUCCCCGUCCCGGAUAUCCUGCUCUCGUGGCGUCAUCGUCGUAUGACAGCUCAGUAAAAAUAUGGGACCAGAACACUGCAGGCCAGUUUCCUGUUUAUAGAAGGCAAGUCAGAAAACUCUCUAAAAUGUUUAGCGUGUUUGUACACGUUAACGCUGGAUGGUUCGGGGCCUUUGGUGUCUCUGGCUCCGUGUGACUCCAGCAGUCUCCUGUGUGCCAGUUUUAACACAGGACUGCACCAGCUGCAUCUAGAUCAGGGAGCAAUGCCCAGCCUCACUGAAGUGGCUCGCUUCUGACGCCCAUCUGGACCACCUGAAAAAUCAAACUAAUGAGUUAAAACAAACAUAUUUAAUAACUGGAACUCCUGGAAAUGAGAAUGCACACUACAGUAUGUAGACACCCUAUUCUUAUUAAAGGAAUAGGUCAAAAUAUGUUGUUUUGUUUAGUUUUUUCCUGUGUGUUGUUUAAUCAAAUAUAGGCAAUAAAAAGCCACUCCAGUUCUGCUUGGUUACUGAAUAUGCUUGAAUAUGUUUUCGGAAGCCAGGAGUGUAAAGUACUGGCAUAAUUGUACUUAAUUAUAAGCUAAAGUAUUAUUUUACAAAGUUUAGACUUCAAUUUGACUACUACUGAAACUGAAUAAUCCUACUCUUACUCAAAAACCAUACUUAAUAGUCUCUACAAAUUAAUUUAGAGCUUCAAAAUACAAAAAAAAAAAAAAAUUUAUUUAUUUUUUUCUGAAGAUAUAUUUAUUUCUGAAGAAGACUUUUUUUGUUUUUUUUACUUCUACUGCUUAACUAUAAUUAAAU